AUGCGAGCGACGAAGGAGAGUAUUGCUGAGCAGGCACCGAGCAAGGGAGUGUUUGCACGAGAUCGAAAGAGGUUCAGCGACUUGGCGGCGUUGCCGUUCGUUGCAUCGAAUGUGCAAGAGAUAGUGAAAGUGUCGCAUGAUCAGUCACGGGAGUGGGAGCUGAAUAUCAGCGAUAACAUUAUCGAGGAGCUGUAUUGA